AUGAAACUUACAAGAUCCCUGAACUGGAUAUCAGAUGUAAGACUUGUUGGGAGACAAGGAACAGCGAGUGUGGAGCGAGGGGACACGAGUGAACAAAAUUUUGGGGUUGUCUUUUGUUCCUUGUUCCAGUUGAACAAGAAGACCGUUGUGUUGAUCACUCGCUACAGUGUGCUUAGUUUGUGGGACACAAAUUAUUCGAGCAUUCAGAUUGGGAGUUUCCUUACUCCAUACAACUGUAAAAGAACUAUCUCCAAGCGCAACAACGGACAGACACACGCCACCAAACAAAAAAAGUCAAACACACAUGCACCACCUGCCACAGCCGAUGAUGCUAAUGCGACCGCGGAUGAACUCUACAUGGUUCCUGAUCCCCUCCAUGAGCUGCAUCCGCUCGUGCCAUCGGAACGUGUGCCCCUUUCAUUCCGCCAUUCUAAUCUUGAUCGCUGCCGAAUCGGCAACGAUUAG